AGAAUGUUACAACCUACAAACUAACAAGUUAAAAGACCUUAAAAGUUUCGCCAUCCAUGAUUGAUGAUUAACCCAACACAACACUUUUUUUGUCUUCAUUUCUGUGCCUAAAAGUCCCUUCACUGUCUCCACUCUUAUACCUAGCUGUCUCUCUGCUCUCCUUGUUUGUUGUUGGCUCCGAAUUCUAAGAAUGUGAAAUUUGUCACCCUCUCAUUCCCACCCUUCAGAGAUGACUUCCCUCAGAGAACUCCUCACAGACGAAGGCUUCUACCAAACAACCCCUAACAACAACAACCCUUUGAAGCCAAAGCUCAAACUCUCACCACCAACACCAGAGAUAAUACUAAACUCACUCCCUCUACACCUAUGCAAUGACAGAAAAAGCUUUGUUGAUUGCUCCAACAAAAGCAUAGACAAGUCCAUGACAAGAAAAGGGUCUUGGCCAUUUCACUCCAAUACUCAAAGGGUUGUUGUUGGUUCAGUUUCUGAAACUUCAUUGGUGUCACCACCACCAAGAACUGUUGUGGGACCCCCCAUGGAUGAAGUUGCCACAAGAGCAGUGGUUGCUAUCCUCAGUGGAUACAUUGGAAGAUAUGUGAAAGAUGAUAGUUUCAGGAAAAUGGUAAGGGACAAGUGCAAUUCUUACUUGGUCAGAAGGAGAAGAAACGGUUCAGGAUCAUCAUCGGAAGAAGAAAAUGAGGUUCUGGUGAACAUGAAACUAGGCAUGGAGAAUAUUGACAAGUUGGUGCAGGAUCAAGGGACAAAGAAAGAUAUGAAGAUCAAAAGCUUGAGGAAUUCCAUUGAGCUUUUGACCAUAGUUGCUUCACUGAAUAGUAAAAUUAGAACAACAUCAAGGGAAAGUGGUUCAACUUGUGGAAUACCCAAUUCCCAUAUCUCUGCUUGUGCUCAGCUCUACUUGGCAAUAGUUUACAAGCUUCAGAAGAACAACAGGAUUUGUGCUAGGCAUUUGCUGCAAGUAUUUUGUGACUCUCCUUUUUUGGCCAGGACUUAUUUGCUUCCUGACCUUUGGGAGCAUGUGUUCCUUCCUCACCUUCUCCAUCUUAAAAUUUGGUAUGCCGAGGAGCUCGACGCAGUUUCGGCCUCAAGUGAAUGUCAAGGUGAGAAGGACAAGAAAAUGAAGACCUUGAGCAAGGUGUAUGGUAACAAGGUGGACACAGGAACUGCUAUGUUUGCUUUGUAUUACAAGCAGUGGCUUAAAGUUGGGGCUAAUGAGCCUCCUCUUCCUAUUGUCUCUUUGCCUUCAAGACCAAGUUGCAGAUCAUCAAGAAAAAUGUCUUCAGAUUCUUUUGUUUUGCAUUCCUCUAUCAACACAAACUUAUACAAGGAAGUAUUUGGCCCCAAACUAGAGAUGAAACCUACCCCUCUAGCUGAACAAAAUGGAUUGUUGACAAUUAGAUGGAGCUCAAGGAAUCAUGAAUACAGCUGCAGUUCACUUCAGAAAGAAGAGACAAUAUACCUAGGAAGAUCAUCAAGGUCAAUUGACAAGAGUUAUGCUGAAAUAAGGCUAGGGUCACAGAGAUUGGACAAUUUUCAAUGCUUUUCUUGCAGGAGUAUGCAAGCAGAAAGCUUGGUGAACAGCAGCUACACAUCCUGCAAUGCUUCAUUUAGAAAUGAAACAACUGUCCUUUCAAGUGAAUUUGUUGGAGCUCUUACAACUAUAUGUUCAUCAGAUAUAUUAAGUGAAUGUGAAUUCUCAAUUCGUGUGAUUGCCAAAGCAUGGUUGAACUCUCAUGCUGACCCUCUAAUUGAAGAAGCACUGUCACAGUCUAGUGUGGUUGAGGCUAUCCUUGAGGUAUUGUUUGCCUCAAGUGAAGAUGAAAUUCUAGAAUUGGCUAUAUCAGUUUUAGCAGAAUUAGUAGGAAGGAAUGAUGCAAUUAGACAAAUUAUGCUGAACUCGGAUCCACGACUAGAAAUCUUUGUGAGACUUCUAAGAAGGACUGGCCUAUUUCAAAAAGCUGCAGUUCUGCUUUAUCUGUUAAAGCCACAAGCAAAACAGAUGUUAUCACCAGAAUGGGUGCCACUAGUACUUCGAGUGUUAGAAUUUGGAGACAAAGUGCUGACCCUCUUCACAGUACAAUGCAAUCCUCAAGUGGCUGCAAUUUACUUUCUGGACCAACUUCUUACUGGUUUCGAUGAAGAUAGGAAUUUAGAGAAUGCUAGGCAGGUUGUUUCACUUGGUGGAUUGACCCUUCUUAUGAAAAGAAUUGAAGAAGGAGAAAUCCAUGAGAGAAACAAUGCUGCUUUUAUCAUUUAUAGUUGCAUUCAUGCUGAAGAAAGCUGCCGGAGUUUUCUAGCUGACAAUAUAAAGAAGAGUUCUUUACUAGAACUCAUCGUUCUUGGCAAUAGUAAAAAUUGCAGUGGAUGUGCCUUUUCUGUGCUAGCUGAGUUACUAUACCUUGAUAGAACUACCAAGAUUUUAAAUUUCUUGAGGGGACUUAAAGAUGGAUGGGGUGGCCUAAACACAAUGCACAUUCUGUUCAUCUACCUUCAGAGGGCUCCACCUGAAGAAUGCCCUUUGGUUGCAGUGGUAUUAUUGCUGUUUGAUAUUAUGGAAGAUCCUUUCAAAGAGAGCUUAUAUAGAGCAGAAGCAAUUGAGGCAAUUGUGGCUGCUUUAAAUUGUCAAGUGUGUAAUGACAAAAUACAAGAACAAUCAGCAAGAGCUUUACUCUUGUUAGCAGGACACUUUUCUUAUACAGGAGAAUCAUUAAUGGAAAGAACUCUUCUACAACAAGCUGGCUUCCAAGAAAAUUGCUUAGAAGAUUCCUCUUAUGGCAAGGAAAUUGUUGUUUAUGAUUCAGCUCACAAGAAUGAAGAGGAUGAUGAAGCUGAAAGUUGGCGAAGAACAGCAGCCAAUGUCUUGUUGAAAAGUGGAAAUAAGAAUUUACUAAGUGUACUUUCAGAUUCUGCAGCAAAUGGAGUUCCAAGUUUAGCAAGAGCUAGCCUUGUAACAAUUUCAUGGAUGAGCAGCUACCUUCACUUAGUUGAUGAUAGAAAGCUUCCACCAAUGGCAUUAUCAAUCCUCAUGCCAUUGUUGCUAAAAUACUUGAAUUAUGACAAGGAUGUUGAGGCAAGAGUCUUGGCUUCAUAUUCAUUGCUAUGCCUUGUAAAAAUUUCAGCAGGAUGUGUCUCUUUCCUAUCAUCACUAGAUAAAGACUCACUCAAACAUCUCCAGAAUCUCUCUCUAGUGACGUGGACUUCCAAUGAGCUAAUUUCAAUCAUCUCCAAAAGCAGCUUGCAAUAAAAACCAAUGAAAAGCAAAACUCCAUUGUUUGAACUCUUCAGUGUGUGUUCAUUAUUUGUCUUUUAUGUACAUGUGAUUGUAAUCAGUAAUCACCCUUGAGUUUGUAUAGUUGAUUAGUUUGAAACUUUGAAUGGAAUUGUUUCUAACAAAAUCUACCAAAAUAUAUUUGUUUCAUUUUAUGAUA